AAUAAAUAUAAAUUGGUUGAUCAAAAUAUCUUUGUCUAACAAAUAAAUAAAUUAAUUAAUAAUUACUUAUUUCAUAUAUACAUUGAAUAAGAUAAAUAAACUUAGCAUAUAAAUAUACAUAUAUACAUCUAUAUAGUUAAUAGUAUAAACAAGGAUAUAAUUAAUCAAUCAUUAAAGUCUAGUAUAGAAUCAAUCAAUUUGCUACAUGUAAAUGAGCGUUAUUUAGCCUUUGAGGUAGUUAAAGGAGACUAAAAGAAUUGGUAGCAUCCAAUACAGUAUCUUAUCUACUAAUGAAAUUAUAGAUAUGUCUGAAGUGUGCCUUGAUGAGCCUUCUUUUUAUAAUUAAACUACUCGUGCACCUUUAAAUCGUGGUCCCUUAGAUUUAAGAAUGGGUCCUUCAAUGCGUGAAAAUAAUUUGAAAUGUCAAACAUGUAAUUAAGAAAUGUUGGAAUGUCCAGGUCAUUUUGGUUUUAUUAAAUUGGCUCUACCAAUAUUCCAUAUAGGUUUUUUUGGUGAUGUCAUUAACAUCCUUUAAUGUAUUUGCAAGAGUUGUGGUAAGGUUUUGCUGGAUGAAGAUGAAAAGAAGAACUCAAUGAAAAGAAUGCAAAAAGCUAUUGAUGACAAAAAUUAUCAAUUAAGAGCUGAUUUGUAUGUAAAAAUGAGAAAAGAAUGCAAAAAAGGUGCCAACUAAAAAUGUAGGUCUUGUGGAUAUAAAAACGGACCCUUAAAGAAAAUGCCUAAAAUGCCUACAACUAUUAGUUUUUCUGAUCAAACCAAAUUAGAAUAGGAUUUUCGUGACAUUAGAGAAUCUGAAGACAUAUUUUAAGAGAAUUUAAGAAAAAUUUUGGAAAGUAAAAAUAUGAAGGAAAUGAUUGAAAUAUUAAAUCCUUUAGAAACCUAUAAAAUUUUCAGAAAAAUUACAUGUGAUGAAAUUUUAUUAUUUAAUAUUCAAUAAAACCAUCCUUGUGAUUUAAUUCUCACUCAUAUCAUAGCACCCCCAGCUUGUAUAAGACCAACUGUUAAAGAAGGAGAAUCUAAUGUUCGUCACGAUGAUCUCACUGUUAAAAUUAGAGAUUUUUUGGACAGAAAUAAAAGAAUUGCUUAGAUGAUAGAAGAUGGUGAAGAUUUAAUUAAAAUUAACUAAGAGUGGUUCUUACUUUAGUGUUCACAUGCUCACUAUUUGAAUGCUGAAACUCCAAACUUGCCUUUUAAAAUGGACAAAGAUUUUGGUAAAAAGGAUAUUAGAGCACUUGCACAAAGAUUAAAAGGUAAAAAAGGUAGAUUCAGAGGUAAUCUUUCUGGUAAAAGAUCAAACUUUACAGGUAGAACUGUUAUUUCUCCUGACCCUAACAUCCCUAUUGAUAAUGUUGUUGUUCCUGAAUACAUGGCUAAAAUUCUCACUUUCCCUGAAUAAGUUAAUGCUAUCAAUAUCGAAAGAUUAAAAAAAUUAGUUAUAAAUGGACCUGAAAAAUAUCCAGGAGCUCAUUAUAUAAUAGCAAAAGACACAGAAGACAAAUUUAAUCUAUCAAUAGAUAAUAGAAGAAAGAAAGCAGAUGAACUCAAGAUUGGUGAUAUUGUAGAAAGACACAUCCAAAACGGAGAAAUUUUACUUUUUAAUAGACAGCCUUCUUUGCAUAGAAUUUCAAUUAUGGCAUUCAAGGCCAAUAUAUAAAAAUGGAAUACAAUCAGAUUUAAUGAAUGUUGCUGUGCUCCUUUCAAUGCUGAUUUUGAUGGUGAUGAAAUGAAUAUUCAUGUUCCAUAAACAAUAGAAGCAAGAGCUGAGGCCUAAUAUCUCCUUGAUGUUAAACAAAAUUUAAUCAGUCCUAAAAAUGGUGAGUCAAUUAUUGCAUUGAUUUAGGAUUUCUUAACUACUGCUUAUUUAAUCACUCAUAAAGAUAUGUUUUUUGAUAGAGCUGCUUUUUGCUAAUGCUGUACUUACUUCAGUGAUGGUAUUGAAAGAAUUGAUUUGCCUCCUCCAGCUAUCAUACUUCCUGUUGAAAUGUGGACUGGAAAAUAAAUUAUAGAUGUCAUCCUAAGACCUAAUAGAUUUAGCAAUAUUAUUGUUAAUCUUAUAUUAAAAGAAAAAUGCUACGAUACUAAGUAAGAUAGAGGUGUUAUGUGUCCCACUGAUGGUUAUGUAGUCUUUCAAUCAUCUGAAUUAAUGUGUGGUAAUCUUGGUAAAACUACUUUAGGUUCUGGUAAUAAAAAUGGUUUGUUUUACAGAUUAAGUAGAGAUAAUUCUCAAUACAUGGCUGCAUCAGUCAUGAGUAGAUUUGCAAAAUUGUCUGCUCGUUGGAUUACAAAUUAUGGCAUGACAAUUGGUAUUAGUGAUGUUACUCCUUCUCCAAGUCUCAACAAAAUUAAUGAAAAAAAGAAAGAUGAAGCCAUCGAUUCUUGUAAGUUCCAAAGUCUUAUUUUCACAAAUUCUAUUGGAAAACUAGAUAUGCAAACUGUUUCAGACAGAAAAAAGCUUGUAGAAGCUGAAAUUAGUAAAACUUUGAAUCAAGUCAGAGAAGACAUAGGUUCAAAUUGUAAUAAGUAAUUACCACCUACUAAUGGUCCUCUUAUUAUGGCUACAUGUGGUUCAAAGGGUUCAGCAACCAACCUUUCUUAAAUGAUUGGAUGUGUCGGUUAAUAAAUUAUUGGUGGUCGAAGAGUUCCUAAUGGCUUUACUGGGCGUACUCUUCCUCAUUUUGAAAAAGAUGAAAUAUUCCCUCAUCCAGAAGCUAUGGGUUUCGUUAGAAAUUCCUUCUUUACUGGUUUAAGUGCACCAGAAUUUUUCUUCCACACAAUGGCUGGUCGUGAAUCUCUUGUUGAUACUGCUGUCAAAACUGCAGAUACAGGUUAUAUGAGUAGAAGAUUGGUUAAGAUGCUUGAAGAUUUAUCUGUAAACUAUGAUCUUACAAUUAGAACUUGUGAUAAAAAAGAAUUAGUUCAGUUUAGAUAUGGUGGUGAUGGUAUUUGUCCUUGGAUGUCAGAAGAAAAAGUAACUGAUAAAAGUAUUCCAAUAGAUCUUGAAACUAUGUUAAAAUAUGUCAAAUCAAUAGCUCCCAUAAAUUAUAAGAGAGAGUAAUCCUUGUAUCCUUAUUAAAUUUAUCAAAUCUGUUUGGAAGAAUUAAAAAGAACAAAAAUGGAUUAUAUUCCAGAAUUAAGUUUAGAACCUAUGUAAAACUCAUCUUAUAAUAGAGAAUUCGACUAAGAUUACAUACAAUAAUAAUUGAAUAGUACAGAUAACAAGUUUGAUGUCCAACUAGUAAAAGAGCCCUUAGAGUACUUUAAAGACUCAGUAAGUCUAUUUAUCAAGUAGAUAUGCUAAAAAAUUAUGAAAGUGAGAACUUAACUUGGAUUAACUCCUGGUGAUAUUGAGUCACCUGAUAAUGCUACUAGCAUCCAUGUUGAUAAUACAAUUCAUAUUACUAAAAGACAAAUUAAUUACUUCUUUAAAACUUUGUGGGAAAGAUAUCCAUAGAUGCUUGUUGAACCAGGAGAGGCUGUAGGUGCAGUUGGUGCAACAUCAAUAUCUGAACCAGCUACUUAAAUGACUUUAAAAUCUUUUCACUUUGCUGGUGUUGCGAGUAUGAAUAUUACAUAGGGUGUUCCAAGAAUGAAAGAAAUCAUUGAUGCUGCUAAGAAAAUUAGCACUCCAAUCAUAGAUGUUAAGUUGCUUCCUCAAUUUUAGAGUGAGCACUCUUAUAGAUCAAUUCGUUUACAAAUAGAAAAAACUUAUCUUGGUGAAAUCAGUAACUUCUAUCAAGAAGUUUACUCUCCUAAAGAUUGCCACCUUUACAUAGAGUAUAAUAAGAAAAAAUUGGAAUAAUUCAGACUUUAUGGAUUAGAAAUACCUUUAUCAAGCAUUAAAAAAGGUAUUCUUGAAAUUGCUAAAGAUAUAAAGGAAGAUUAAAUUAUUGCCGUAAAGGAUUAAGAUCUCAAGCCUGUUGGUAUUAAAAUCAACCCAGGUAAUGAUGUCAAGAAGAACGUGUUCUUUAAAAUUUAAAACUGGAAAAAGAUACUUCCAGGAGCUGUUGUUUCAGGUAUGAAGGAUGUAAAGAGAGUAAGUAUCUCAAAAGACAAGAAGAAGGGAGAUAAAAAUGAGUACAAAUUCGAUUUGUUUGUUGAAGGUAAUUCUUUUAAAUAAGUUUUACAACUUGAUGAGGUAGAUUUUGCAAAUACUCUUUCUGUUGAUAUUUUCGAAGUAUUACAAAUUUUGGGUGUAGAAGCUGCAAGAAAGACAAUUAUAAAUGAAAUUACUAAAACUAUCAAAUCCCACUCUCUUAAUGUCGAUAGACGUCACUUGAUUUUAGUUGCCGAUGUCCUUACUUCUAAGGGUCGCUUACAUGGCUCAACCAGAUAGGGAAUCAAUAGUAUGAAAGACUCAACUUUGAUGUUGGCUUCAUUCGAAAAAACUACUGAAAUCUUAUACAACGCUGCCUUAUAGGGAAGAAAAGACACUUUAGAAGGUGUAUCUGAAAGAAUUAUUAUUGGUCAAAAUAUUCCUAUGGGAACAGGUACAUUUAAUUUGCUUUAUGGAAACAGAAGUAUUGUUCAGAAAAAGAAGAAGAAAAUUAUAUCUUCUAAAGUUAAAUUUACUCCUCUUUUUAAAGAUUCAAAAUGAAGAAAUUGUGUUAAAUGCUAGUUAGCUGUUUAAAAUAUUUAAUUUUAUAAAUGCUCCUAUUUCAAAAUAAUUUAUUAUUGUAUGUAUUGUUCCGCUCUUUAAUAAUUUAACAUAAUUCUUUGAAGUAUUUCAAAGUAACAAAUAACUUUCAC